UUUGAAAAUCCGCGCAAUCUGCUUCGGUCAGGCGUAUGUGUCGGUUGUGAUAGAGGGCUCGGGUGGUCAGGAGUUCAUUAUUCAUUAUUCACACAACUAUUAUUGGUUCCCACUUUGCUAUUUGAAAGGUGGUGACUUUUUGUUUCAAUAUUCAAUAUAGUAUUUGGGUCGUACCUGCUAACGUUAAGUUAUAGAAAAUGGCGGCUAAAGCCGAAGCACCAUUAAAGGCGCUGUUUGAGAACAAGGUGGUGAGCAAGGGCCAGGAUGAGCGCAUGUCGGUGGAGAGGAUCUACCAGAAGAAGACACAGCUGGAGCACAUCCUGCUCCGGCCCGACACCUACAUCGGCUCCGUGGAGCCCCUCACGCAGCAAAUGUGGGUUUUUGAUGAGGAACUGGGGAUGAACUGCCGAGACGUGACGUUCGUCCCAGGGCUCUAUAAGAUCUUUGAUGAGAUCCUUGUGAACGCUGCAGAUAACAAGCAGAGGGACACGACCAUGUCCUGCAUCCGGGUGAACAUCGACUCGGAGAACAACACCAUCAGUGUGUGGAACAAUGGGAAGGGCAUCCCCGUGGUGGAGCACAAGGUGGAGAAGGUGUUUGUGCCCGCCCUCAUUUUUGGCCAGCUCCUCACCUCCAGUAACUAUGACGACGACGAGAAGAAGGUCACCGGUGGGCGCAACGGCUUUGGAGCCAAAUUGUGCAAUAUCUUCAGCACCAAGUUCACUGUGGAAACGGCCUGCAAGGAAUCCAGGAAGUCCUUCAAGCAGACCUGGUACGACAACAUGGGGCGCGCGGGCGAGGCCAAGAUCAAGCCCUUCAGCGGGGAGGAGUUCACCUGCAUCACCUUCCAGCCCGACCUGUCCAAGUUCAAGAUGCAGAGCCUGGACUCCGACACGGUGGCGCUCAUGGCCCGCCGCGCCUACGACAUCGCCGGGUCCUCCAAGGGCGUCAGGGUCUUCCUCAACGGCAAGAGGCUGCCGGUGUCGGACUUCCGCAGCUAUGUGGAACUGUACCUGAAGGACCGUGUGGAUGAGCUGGGGGCUCCUCUGACCGUGGUCCAUGAUAUUGUGAACCCCCGCUGGGAGGUCUGCCUCACCAUGAGCGAAAAGGGCUUCCAGCAAGUCAGCUUUGUCAACAGCAUCGCCACCACCAAGGGUGGACGGCACAUGGACUAUGUGGUGGACCAGGUGGUGUCGAAGUUGAUCGAUGUGGUAAAGAAGAAGAACAAGGCUGGGAUGGUUGUGAAGCCCUUUCAGGUGAAGAGCCACCUGUGGGUAUUUGUGAACUGCCUGAUUGAGAACCCUACCUUUGACUCCCAGACCAAGGAAAACAUGACCCUGCAGCACAAGAACUUCGGUUCCAGCUGCCUGCUUGGUGAAAAGUUCAUCAAGAGUGCUAUGAAAUGUGGGGUGGUGGAGAGCAUCUUGAACUGGGUCAAGUUCAAGACCCAGAACCAGCUCAACAAAAAGUGCUCUGCAGUCAAACACACCAAGAUCAAGGGCGUGCCCAAACUGGACGAUGCCAACGACGCAGGGGGUAAAAACUCCAGCUCCUGCACCCUCAUUCUCACUGAGGGGGACUCGGCCAAAACGCUGGCUGUGUCGGGGCUGGGCGUGGUGGGCCGAGACCGCUACGGAGUGUUCCCCCUGCGUGGGAAAAUGCUCAACGUCCGGGAGGCCUCUCACAAACAGAUCAUGGAGAACGCGGAGAUCAACAACAUCAUCAAGAUCCUGGGCUUGCAGUACAAGAAGAACUACAGCGACCCAGAGUCCCUCAGGAGCCUGCGCUAUGGCAAGCUCAUGAUCAUGACUGACCAGGAUCAAGAUGGCUCCCACAUCAAAGGGCUGCUCAUCAACUUCAUCCACCACAACUGGCCCUCCCUGCUGCGGCACCACUUUCUGGAGGAGUUCAUCACUCCCAUCAUCAAGGUCUCUCACAAGAAGCAGGAGCAGGCCUUCUACAGCAUCCCGGAGUUCAACCAGUGGAGAGACAACCAGCCCAACUACAAAUCAUGGAAGAUCAAGUACUACAAAGGUCUGGGCACCAGCACAUCGAAGGAGGCCAAGGAGUACUUCUCCGAUAUGCCACGUCAUCGCAUCCCCUUCAAAUACGGCGGGGCAGAGGAUGACGAGGCCAUUACCCUGGCCUUCAGUAAGAAGAAGAUUGAGGAGAGGAAGGAGUGGCUGACUAACUUCAUGGUCAAUCGCCGCCAGCGGAGAGAGCACAACCUGCCGGAGGAUUACCUCUACGGCCCGUCCACCAGGUUCCUCUCUUACAACGACUUUGUCAACAAAGAGCUGGUGCAGUACUCCAACUCUGACAACGAGCGGUCCCUUCCCUGCCUGGUGGACGGACUGAAGCCUGGCCAGAGGAAGGUGCUGUUCUGCUGCUUCAAGAGGAACGAUAAGAGGGAGGUGAAGGUGGCCCAGCUGGCUGGCUCUGUUGCAGAGAUGUCUGCCUAUCACCAUGGAGAGAUUUCUCUCAUGAUGACCAUCGUCGGCCUGGCGCAGAACUUCGUGGGCAGCAAUAACCUGAACCUGCUGCAGCCACAGGGGCAGUUCGGCACCCGGCUCCACGGCGGGAAGGACUCGGCCAGCCCGAGAUACAUCUUCACCAUGCUCAGCUCUCUCACCAGAUUGUUGUUCCCGCCCGUGGAUGAUAACCUGCUGCGGUAUAACUAUGACGAUAACCUGCGCGUGGAGCCCGAGUGGUACAUCCCCAUCCUGCCCAUGGUGCUGGUCAACGGCGCCGAUGGCAUCGGCACGGGCUGGGCCAGCCGCCUCCCCAACUUCGACGUGCGUGAGAUCGUCCACAACCUGCUGCGGAUGCUGGACGGAGAGGAGCCCCUGCCCAUGCUUCCAAACUACAAGAACUUCAAGGGAACCAUCGAGCAGGUGCUGAACAACCAAUACCUGGUCAGUGGAGAGGUGGCCAUCAUCAACUCCACCACCAUUGAGAUCUCCGAGCUGCCCGUUAAAACCUGGACACAGUCCUAUAAGGAGAACGUUCUGGAAGUGAUGCUGAACGGCACAGAGAAGGUUCCGGCGCUCAUCACCGACUAUAAGGAGUACCACACGGACGCCACGGUGCGCUUCGUGGUGACGAUGACCGAGGAGCGUCUGUGCGAGGCCGAGGCGGCCGGCCUGCACAAGGUGUUCAAGCUGCAGAACACGCUCACCUGCAACUCCAUGGUGCUGUUUGACCACGCGGGCGGACUGAAGAAGUAUGAGCUGGUGCAGGACAUCCUGAAGGACUUCUUUGCGCUGAGGAUGAAGUACUACGUCCUGCGCAAGGAGUGGCUGGUGGGCAUGCUGGGGGCCGAGAGCGCUAAACUCAGCAACCAGGCCCGCUUCAUCCUGGAGAAGAUCGAGGGCACCCUGGUGAUCGAAAACAAGCCCAAGAAGGAGCUGAUCCGCAUGCUGCAGGACAUGGGAUUCGAUUCGGACCCUGUGAAGGCCUGGAAGAAGGCGCAGGAGAAGGCGGAGGAGAUGGACAAUGCAACGGAGGGAGAGGAGGGAGAGGAAGAGGGAGACAACACGGGCCCGGACUACAACUACCUGCUGAGCAUGCCCAUGUGGUACCUGACCAAGGAGAAGAAGGACGAGCUGUGCAAGCAGAGAGAUGCCAAGCUGACCGAGCUGAAUACCCUGAAGAUCAGAUUGCCUGCCGACUUGUGGAAGGAGGAUCUGGCCGCAUUCACCACGGAACUAGAGCGCGUGGAGCAGCAGGAGCGGGAGGACGUGUCGGCGCCAGUGGUGGUGAAGGGGGUGAAGGGCAAGGCGGGGCGUGGCCGGGUGGUGAAGAUGAAGGAGGAGACCAUGCCCACGCCCCAGGGCCGCCGCGUCGUCCCCCGUGUCACCAGCGCCAUGAAGGCUGAGGCCAACCGCAAGGCUGGCAACGCAGGAGGGAAAGCCCCCGGCAGGGCCAAGAGAGUCAAGAGUGAGGAGGAUGUUGUGGCCAUGAAGAUCUCCUUCGAUGAGGACAGUGGGUCGAAUGAAAACGUGCCGGAGAAGAGCCUGGCUGUCCGGCUGGCUAAGGGCAAAAAGGUCCAAAGCAAAGAGAAAGCGGCGAGGAGCGGGAAGCAGACCACCCUGCAGUUCCAGCCGCUGAAGAAGACGAGCCCGUGGUCUGAUGGCGACUCUGACAGCGAUGAUGUUGUGGAUUUGAACGUCAAAGUGCCUCCCAGAGAGAAGCCGCAACGCAGCACCAGAGGGUUGGAGGUGAAGUACAGCUUGUCGAGCAGUGAGGACGAGUUCCAGGACAGUGAGCCCAAGAAGAAGAUGUAUGUAGAAAGUGAUGAGUCCUUUCUCAGCGAGGAAGUGCACAUGGCCCCCGCCUCACCCAAGACAAAACCUGUGAAGGCCAAACCCAGUAAAACCGCUCAGAAGAAGGAGGCGAAAAGCAGCCCAGACUCCCAGUCCAGUGGGGACAACAUGGCCAUGGCCAUGACUUCAGACACUUCAGCCAAGCCCUGUGCUAAAAGAAGCACCGCCAUGAAGAAGCCUGCGCCUGCCCGGAAGCAGAAACCUGCAGACAGCAAACAGGUGUCCAUCCUGGACGCCCUUACCAAGCCCAAACCCGGUAUGAAAGGCUCCAAGGCAUCUUCUAAAGCUGUUCCUAAAGAUCUGUCAUCAGAAGACCCGCAGAAGGCGGCCUGGGUGUUCACCAGCGACGAUGAGGGGUCCCAGCCGGCCCCGCCCGCUAAGGAGAAGGCGGGCCCCAAGAUCAGCCGUAAGAGGAAGCCGGCGCUGGACAGCGAAGAUUCAGACAGCAGUGUUGGCGACCUCAUGAGCCGUAUCAAGGGCAAGGCAGGCAAGAAACCCAAGAAUCUGGAUGAGGAUGAGAGCUUCCAGUUUGAGACCGAAGCGGUGGCCCCCAGGACCACGGCGGGGCGGGCCAAGAAACCGGUGUCGUACCACUUCGACUCGGACUCGGACUCGGAGGAAGAGUGAGGUGCUCCCCACAGCGCUUCCCACCUGCCACCGUUUGGGGAUUCAUACGCUAUGCAUCAUGUUCUUGUAUUUGGCUAAUCGUUUUCAGUGUUCUCUUGUCUUGUAAAUGUUCCUGUCACCUUUUUAUGUGUGUGUUUGUUUUAAAUAAACUGAGUAUAUUUGUG